GGCUCGCGUUUGUCCGUUGUCGUUCUGAAGUCUGUUUUUAUUAGUAAAAUUACUUACAGUAGUUAUUGAAAGAAAAUAACAAUUAUGAGUUUAACUAAAUAAACUAUUGGCUGAUUUUUACAGCUAUUUUACAAUUUGUGGUGAAGAAGCUGAAUAUGUGAAAAACGCUCUCAAGUCAGGGUAUGCUGUCAUAAUUUGUCAACUAUUAGUAGAUAUAGGUUUCUAAGAUAUUCCAUUGCUUUGGAAACCGGUGACAACGCAUAGUGGUUAAAGAAAUUAAUAUUUUGGUCGUGUAUGAAAGAUAAGUCAAUUGAAUAAUUGUACAACAAAGAUUUGCUUUAGAACCAUGUGGCAUUGACAGUCAGUUUAAAGAGACAAUAAAAUAAUGCACGAAAGAGGUCACUGUAGUCCAACCUGACCGGACGGUCGUCUUUUUGAAGGCGAUUUGUUUCGAUUUUUGUUGACACUUUAGCAAUGGCAAAGAGAAAGAAACCAGCAUCUAAGACGCCAGCGCCUAGGCGCACUACUCGCCGCGGUAAACAAGCUAGCAAUGUCGAUGGCGAGUCCUCAUCUGCAAAUCCGCCGCCAGUUGAGCCAACAGCAGAGUCCACUCAGUCAACUAGUAAUGCUAUUGAAGAACAGUCAGUGGAUCAAACUACCAAACAAACUAAUUUGCCUAUUACCAAACCAUGCCAAGUACCAAUUGUGGCUUUACAUAAGAAAUUUGGCAAAUAUAGGUGUUUAUUUAACAGUGAAGAAAACAGUGUCAAGAAAAAUGAAGUUUGUAGUGAUAGUGAGACAAGUAGCAGCAUAGAAAUAAAAGUUAUAGACCCUUGUGCUAGUUCUGAAUCUGAUUCAAAUGCUGCACUAGACACACAGACUGAAAGUAAUGUAGGUUUAUGUGUAAGCCCUUGUAAUAACACAGUGAUUACUUCACAGAGCCAAAGCAGUUCUGGGAAUGUAUCUCCCAUUUCAAUAUUGAGUGAGAAUCAACCUUCCACUGAAAAUAUGCCUGUAGAACAUAUUAAUGAAGAAAAUGAGAAAGUUAUAGAUUUAGAAGCUACCUCAGCUUCAAUACCUAUUGUAGAUAUAACUGAAAAUGAAUCAGUAGAUAACUCUAUUGAACAAACUCAAAGUACCUCAGAGCAUGCGUGUCUAUUGCCCCAAGACAUUCCAUUGGAAGAUGACCAAAUUGAUCAAAUUGAAUUCGCUGACGAUGAUGAUGAAGUGAUUACAAUAGUUCAAAUAGUAGAAGAUGAUAAUCCAGAACUAUAUUAUAAUAUCAAAAUUGACAGCCCUAAAGAUGAAACAAAUGAUGAAAGUAAUAAAGAUGCUGAUAUCCAGCGUCACUUUGAGAAUCUCAAUCUCACCAAUACAAGUGAAUCCAAUUCACUUAUGGAAUUCAAUGACUCGCUAAACUCUAACGGUACUCCUUGCAGUACCCCAGAAUUACAAUUUCCUAAGGAACAAUUGGAUGUUUUAGUUAGACCUGAUCCCAGUAUUACACCUAGCUCUACAUUGUCUGAUGACAGUAAUUCUUCAAGAGCUACUGAGCAAAACCAAACAAAUUCCAAUGACUCAGCAGAAUCAUCACCAACAGGAGUGAGACGGUCUAGUCGUAUCAAAACAAUAAGUCACAUGAAACAAAAAACUAAAGGAUAUGGUUUAGUUAAAACUCCAUUGAAAAAAGCCUUGAUUACACAGACAAAGUUAAAGUUAGAAGAAUUGGGCUCAGACAGUCAGGAGAGACCAUCAGAUGCAUUGAUGAUUAAUGCACCAAACUCUCCAUCUUUCCCUGUACCUUCAGAUAUGCCAGUUAAAGUAAAGUCUCGAUGGAGAAGGUCUAGUGAAUUAGAAAUGGGAGCAGGUUCACCUGCCAAUUCACCUCUAGCUAGUCCUAGCUUGCCAACACAGAGGAUGUCAUCGCUAACUGAGGUUAACAAUGACGAAUCUGAAAUUCGACCACUGUCAAAAGAGGCAUAUGACAAGAUAAUUGAUGACCGGAUGAACCAAUAUGAACACUUAGAAGAGAAUGAAUAUCUCUGUGAUAGAAUGAUUAGUAAAGAAACUAAGAAAAUGAUAUGUGACUGUUUUAUGACCAAAGAGGAGCUUGAAAGAGGAGAAUUAGCUUGCGGAGAAGACUGCUUGAAUAGGUUACUUAUGAUAGAAUGUAACUCAAGGUGUCCUGUAGGGGAUAGAUGUACAAACAGAAGAUUCCAAAAAAGAGAAAAUGCAUCAUUAAAGGUAUUUUAUGCAGACAAAAAGGGCUGUGGGGUUGAAGCUGCAAUAGAUAUACCUGUUGGUGAAUUCCUAAUGGAAUAUGUAGGAGAGGUGCUUGAUUAUGAGCAAUUCUACAAAAGAGCUCAGGAGUACUCAGAUGAGAACAACAUGCAUCAUUACUUUAUGUCACUGAAAGGAGAUACUGUUAUUGAUGCCACUGUGAAAGGCAAUAUAUCUCGAUUCAUCAACCAUUCCUGUGAACCUAAUGCAGAGACUCAAAAGUGGACAGUUAACGGAGAGCUCCGGAUAGGUUUCUUCAGCAAGAGGGACAUUCCUGCUGGCGAGGAAAUCACCUUUGACUACCAGUUUCAGAGAUUUGGCAAGGUUGCUCAACGCUGCUAUUGUGGUGCCAGCAAUUGCCGAGGUUGGAUCGGUGCUGAACCUGACUCAGAUGAUGAGGAUGAGGAGGAGGAGGAAGACGUUACGACGUCGAAGACAGCAGAGGAGAAUGCAGAGAGUCGGCCCGCGACCGACGAGCCUCGACCGCGACCGCGACCCCGCGAACGCAAGUACAAGCCAAAGGCCAAUGAUCUCGUACAAGACGCAGAUCUCGAAGAAGAUUUGGAAGCACUAAAUCGUACAGGCGUUAAGAACCAGAGUCAUACGCUCCGUUUGUCACGGACGGUGGUUAGGGCUAAGACUCGUCGCGCGCAGACCGCGUUGUUGCGUUUACUCCGCGACGCUGACUUGCCGUGUAGACGUCUGUUCCUCGACUACCGCGGGCUGCGACUGCUGGCUCCCUGGUGUACUGAUGCACCUAUGGACUUCAGAUGGGAGAUGCUGCAGACGGUGGAUCGGUUGCCGAUAACAAACAAAACUAUGGUGCAAGAGAGUCGUUUCUUCACAAUUGUCGAACGUUGGCUCAGUGCCGCUGAUAACACAAAUGAAUUAAUCCUUAUUGAUGAAGCUACUGGCUUACCAGUGGAUUUGGGAAACAGAACCGCUCAAGACAAUGCACUGGCGGAGAAGAAUAAAGAAAUCUCACAAAAAGUAAAAGAACUCUCAAGUCAGCUACUUGAACGUUGGUCGAGCCUCAAGGAAGUAUUCAAGAUUCCAAAAAAGGAGCGUAUACAACAAAUGAAGGAACAUGAACGGCAAGCGAACGUGGAACGUCGCGCUGCGGAUUCUAGCGGCUCCAGAGAUAGAGACCGUGAGCGAGACAAGCGCGAAGAGAGAGACAGAAGAGAAGAGAGGGACAGGCGCGACGAGAGGGAGAAGGAAAGAGAGAGAGAACGAGAACGGGAAAGGGAACGGGAGCGGGAGCGGGAACGUGAACGCGAACGCGAGCGGGAGCGGGAGAGAGACCGUGAGAGGGACAAAGACAGGAGUGAUAGGGAGCGUGACAGAGACAGAUAUAGAGAUCGUGAUAGGGACGACAGAGACAGAAGGAAAAGGCGCGGCAGUCCUGAAGGCAGAAGAAGUAUAAAGUUAAGCGAGCGUGUUCUAGCAGCGGUACCGCCUAUGUCUAAAGAGGAAAGAAGGCGAGCUUUCGCCGAAGCCGCCGCGGCCGCGGACGAGAACCGAACCCGGAGCUGUGAACAGGCGCGAUGGCCUCCGUACUGGCCCAAUCAGGACGCGUACCCUCACCAGGUGCAGAACAUGCAAAUGUUUCCUGGCGCGAUGGUGGGGGGCGUAGGCGGCAUGGGGCCGAUGGGCGGAGUUGGGGGCGUGCCUGGAUGCGAGGGGGAGUGGGGGGGUGAGUUCCCGCAACAGUUCUGUCCGCCAUUCCCCUCGCAGCCUUUUUGCAUGCCACAACCAAAUAUGAUGGGCAUGGCCGGGUAUGGUAUGGGCGGGUUUAUGUUCGGGCAGCAGAUGCAACAAAUGCCUCAAAUGCCACAGAUGCCGCAAAUGCCACAAAUGCAGCAAUUUGCGCCGCAACCACAGCCGCUGAUGGAUCCCACACAACCGCCACCUGGUAUGAUGUUAGCGGAACCAUUGCCCACCGCGCGUAUAACGCCGCCCGCGGCAGCGGCAAACGUGGCGGCGAGCGGCACUGUUGGCACUGUCGGCAGUGUUGGCACUCUCGGCAGUGAGCGCAAGGAGGUGUUACUGCCGUCUAUGUGGCGGUCGGCGGUGGACGAGAAGGGCCGCACGUACUAUUACCAUGUGAAACUGCGGCAGCCGCAGUGGACGCCUCCCACGCCGCCCCCGCCCCCAUCACCAGAUGAAAGUUCUUCAGAAGAAGAAGAUGAACCAAUGUCUGCCAUAGAUACUGCAAUAGUGAGGAGGCAGAUGAAAGGCAAACUUGUGGAGGGAGUUAACGGCAUAUACGAAGUAAUAAAAGAAGACUCUCAUAACGGACUGAUUCCUGAUCACGCGUUGCUCAAUAUGAAACCGAGAAAACGACGGCCCGGACUUGUUUCAGAAAGGCCUAUAAGCCCGCGUACCGAAGAGGAUAAGCUGGCCGGUCGUAUGGAAGUGAAGAGGUACAAACAGACUAAGGAGAAGUUGCGUCGUCGCCGUGAACGUCUCGUGCAGCGAGUGAGACUGUUGGCGGCGAGACGGGCGAGAGACGUGCCCGCCGAUCUCAAUGAUCUUAAGAUGAUAGAUUUGGAAGAGACGGACAGCGAGACCGACGAGGAUCCGGAUGACGUGCCGGAGAAGGUCCGCUCCCCCUCCCCCCCGCCGGUGGCGGCGGAGCCGUCCCCCCCCGCGCUGGACGAGGAGGGCGUGCGGCGCAUCAAGGAGCAGUUCCGCAGCAGCAUGGCGCGCGUGAUGGUGCACCACCUCAACCCGUACAGGCACUCGGACGCGCCCGCCGGCAGGAUCACCUGCACGGCUGACUUCAAACACCUCGCCAGGAAGCUCACGCACUUUGUUAUGUUAAAAGAAUUGAAGCACUGUCGUAGUGUAGAAGAGCUGGUAGUCACCGAUUCUGUACGGUCGAAAGCCAAAAUGUUCGUGCGGAAGUACAUGGCGAAAUUCGGCCCAGUGUACAAGCGACCACCCGAAGAGGCAGACUAGCAGGAAAUGAGGCGGUUUCGCCUCUCGCUGUUACACAAAAAAGUGAGUCGAACAAACGCC